UUUCAUUUUUAACAGGCAGUUGUACAUAUCAACAAGGGGGCGAAGCAGAACAAGUGUCAUUGAAUGUAUCAGGUUGCUUGAUGGAGGAUCCAAAAGCAGAACGAUGGAGAUGUGGAGAUUUGAAUUUGUUGAGCUCCAGAGAAGUUUACUCCUACAUCUGAGGAUGAUUUCAAGAAGAAAAACUUGGGCUGCGAUGCCUGUGCUGCUGGUGAUUCUGAUGAGAGACUUCAGAGUUGAUUCAAUCACUUGUCUUCAAACUGAGUACAAGAUAGGAGAAGAGUGCUGUCCUAUGUGUCCUAUUGGCCAAAGAGUCAAAGCCGACUGCACAGAGUUUGAAACUACGUCCUGUUCGCCCUGCACAGAUGGGACUUUCAUGGACCAGGCAAGCGGACUAAAGAGAUGUAAUCCAUGUUCUACCUGCGACUCAGGAGCUGGUCUGAAGGAAAAGCAACAAUGUAAACGAUAUGUAGACACAGUUUGUGAACCAAUGGAGGGAUUCUACUGUACAGACUUUAAAUCAAGAGGUUGUGUUGUAGCACAGAAACACAGGAGCUGUGAACCAGGACAUUACAUCAGCAGGAUGGGAACAGCCUCCACAGACACAGAAUGCUCUGAAUGCAGCAGAGGAUCAUUUUCUAAUGGAACAAUGUUUUCAUGUCAGCCUCACACACAAUGUGAAAAAGAAAACCUCCAUCUGAUAAAAGCAGGAACAACUUCAACUGAUGCUGAAUGUGGAGAAAAAAGUUCCAAGAUCAAAGGAGUUGUGAUCAGUGUUGUGGUGGUUCUUUUUUUAGUUGGAGCAUCGAUUGGUGGUGUUUUUCUCUGGAAACAUAAAAAAAACAAAGAACAAAGCAGUUGUACAAAUCAACCACAAGGGGGCGAAGCAGAACAAGUGUCAUUGAAUGUAUCAGUGCAAGAAACCCAAAACUAAACACAUGGAUGAAAAUGACUGAUUACUGAUAUGGGAAACUGGAAGAAGCAAGCUGGAUGGUGAGCCUUUGUUUUCCCGGUGAGCAGAAAGAGCAGCUGUAGUUCUACACUUUGCUUCUUCCAGAGGAUCUGGGCUCCUGGAUGUUGAGAAAUGAUUGUUUCCUGGAGACAUGGACUCUGUUGAAGUUUUCAAUUUUACUGAAUCGCUAACAUUUGCACCAGUUCGACGCUAAGAAGUUUACUAGAAAUUAUUCUACACUGUAAAAAGCCAUCCGUCACUGUUAAGAGAGAAGUGCCAAGGUGAAAGAGGAGGCUGCUAAUGUUUAUUCAGAUCUUGGAAGUGUGAUCAACACACACUGAACAGCUUUGUUCACUUCAUCUGCUGCAAAUUGCUAUAACUAUGGGCAGACUGCAAUUCUAAAACGGUGCCGAAAAUCAGCAUCGUUGUUCGUAUUUUCUGUUUCUGUUCUCUGAUUGGUCCAGUUGAAAUUCUACCAGAGACAAUCCAAGUGAAGGGAAGAAAGCCCAGACUGAGCAAUAAGGGAGAUUUAAAUUGAGUGAAAUUGCACAGGAAGGUAAUGGCCAGGCUAAUGCUCACAGUUUAAUGUCAGAGUUUGUGUGACUUUAACCCAGAGUGGAGAUAGAUAAUGUACAACAAAUCAGGUCAAAUAAAAUUUUAUGCAGUUUUGUAAGAAACGUGAGUACGCUGAACCUCAUCAGUGCUUUUAUCUGCAAGUUUUGAGAUCACAUUAACCAACCUCUGAGGCUGCUGUAUUUGUACUGAGAUUAUUUUACAUACAGAUGGAUUCUACUUAAUCAUUAGCCGCCAUCAGGUAACUUUUGAAAGCAACUAAUUGCACUCAGAGAAAAGGGGACUGAAUACUUUUGCACUUUACUUUUGGUUUGGAAAAAAAAAAUUUAAUCAUGUGUAAUUUUCUUUCCACUUCACAAUUGUAUAUCACUUUGUGUAGGUCGUUCACAUUAAAUUUCAAUAAAAUAUAUUUCAUGCUUGUGUUUGUA